GUUAAAACUUGAGGAAGCCAAAGAAGUUCAGAGCCUCAGAAAGCGACCCAAUGGGGUGAGUGCUGUAGCUCUGCUUGUGGGAGAGAAGCUGCAAGAGGAAGCAACUCUCGUGGAUGACCCAUUUAAGAUAAAAUCUGGGGGAAUGGUGGACAUGAAGAAGCUGAAGGAGAGAGGCAAGGACAGGAUUAAUGAAGAGGAAGAUCUAAACUUGGGAACUUCCUUUUCAGCUGAAACCAACAGGCGGGAUGAAGAUGCUGACAUGAUGAAGUACAUUGAGACUGAGCUGAAGAAGAGAAAGGGAAUUGUGGAGAACGAGGAGCAGAAGGUGAAGCUUAAGAAUGCCGUGGAUCUGGGAAUCGACGCAAAAAUAAAAAACAUCAUCUCAACGGAAGAGGCCAAGGCCAAGCUGCUGGCAGAGCAGCAGAACAAGAAGAAAGACAGCGAAACUUCCUUUGUUCCCACCAACAUGGCUGUUAACUAUGUGCAGCACAACAGAUUUUAUCAUGAGGAGCUAAAUGCACCGGUGCGAAGGAACAAAGAAGAGCCAAAGCCCCGUCCACUGAGAGUGGGGGAUACAGAGAGGCCAGAACCUGAGCGGUCUCCUCCAAAUCGCAAACGUCCACUCAAUGAAAAAGCGACAGAUGAUUACCACUAUGAGAAAUUCAAGAAGAUGAAUAGGCGAUACUAAUGGAUGUGGACUGAAGUCUUGGCGGUUUUUCCGAUUUUCCCCUAAUAAAGGAUUUUGUGUCAAUGACCUGAAACGGAGUUGGGGACAGUCACUGCCUUCACGUGCUGGUGUUACCUACAAAGCUUUUCUUGUGAUCUCGUAGCGAAUCAGUUUGCAGGUGAUUGUGAACUCUUUGGUCAGUAAAAUCUUGUAUAUAACUUAUUUUCAGUUAUAAAACUUCUUUUAUAAGAACAUGAGCUUCCAUGGUUGGCGUUUUUUAGUAAGAAAAUAAACUUGCUUUUACAUAUUCUUUCACCCUCUUAAUAC